AUGACUACGUAUGACUUAUACAACAAGGUGUUUGAGGUGGUACAUGAUGCCAGAAACUGCUAUAUUGAUGGUUCUACAGAUGCUUACAACGAUGAGGAGUUCAGUCGAAUGAUGCUGCGUGAUGGUUGCUUUGUUUUGUUCUAUAUUGAAUGCAUAUCUUAUGCAAAGAAUAAGAUGUUGUUAAAUAACGAGUAUCUGGGCGCAUUAGGGUUUGCUAAUGUGACGCGUGAUAUUUUCUUGCUGGAGAACCAGCUCCCGUUUGUAGUACUCAAAGUUUUAUUAGAAUUGAGGUUCCCCAGCGAUAAAGGUGAAGAUAUUCUAAACAGAUUCUUUAAUUACUUAAAGUAUGGGGAGGUGUUCACUAAGGAUGAAAAGGUGCUCGGAAACAAGCAGCCCCUUCAUCUUCUUGAGCUUUACAGGUCUUAUUUCAUCUUGCUUCCCGUUUCUCUUGGUCUAGUUUCUAUUGGUCUAUUUUCAGCUAAGAGUACAAAGAUUUGGUCAGAUGAUGAUUAUAACUAUGUAAAACGAAAUCGAAAUUUUCCUUCAGCAACGGAACUCAAAUCUCAAUGGAUUUUCUUGAGACGGGCCUUAGACAAGGACAUUGCAUUUUACUCUCGCUGUUGCUAUGGCGUGUUUGAGCUUCCUACAAGAGCAGUAUCGACGAGUACAAAAGUUAUUUUCUUGAACAUGAUCGCGUACGAGUUGUGCGCGCAUAACCCGAAUGACUUUCGAGUUUCGACUUAUAUUAAGAUAAUGAAAACGUUAAUUGUUAAAAAUGAUGAUGUGAAGGAGUUAACAAAGAAAAAUAUAAUGAUUCAUAGUCUUGGUCAUGAUGAACAAGUGGUGAAGAUGUACGAUGAGAUUGAUGUCCCGGCGGUUAAUCUUUACAUGUUUAGUCAGUUCCGGCAGGUAAUCAAUAGCCACCUCGAUAACAAGUAUAAGACGUGGGCGGGGGAGUUGAUUACUGACUACUUUGGUAGUCCAUGGAAGAUGUUGGGUUUGUUGACGGCUGCGGCUAUUCUGUUCACUACUUUUCUGCAGACUUACUUUGGGGCCAAGCAACUUCCGGAUCGAUGA